GGGAGGGCAUCCUUGUUCCAGGGAGGCAGUCUGCAGGUCAUUGCCAUCGCUGUAGGGGUGUUGUAAAGAUGAAGUCUCAUUACCUUCUGCUGUUUUUAUUCUUUUCCUGCACGUUUUCCAGCAAAGCGGAGAAGGAAGACUCCUUCACGUUCAGCCACACACCUACUGAAAUGAGAUCCAGGUUCGCCAUGCUGGACGACGUCAGAAUCUUAGCCAACGGCCUGCUGCAGUUGGGGCACGGCCUCAAAGACUUUGUUCACAAGACCAAGGGCCAGAUCAACGAGAUCUUCAACAAGCUCAACAUCUUCGACAGGUCCUUCAACAACCUCUCCCUCCAGACCAACGAAAUCAAAGAGGAGGAAGAACAGCUCAAGAGAACCACUACGAUCCUGCAGGCCAACAACCAAGAGAUCAAAAACAUGUCGCUGCAAAUAUACUCCAAAAUAAACGAGAUCCUGAACGACCGCAGCCAUCUGGAAACCAAGCUGGGAGGACUGGAGGAAAGACUGAAUGGGCUCACCCACAGCCUGCCUCAAGCAUCCGAGCUGAAAGAGGUGUCGUCUCUCAAGAAUGUCAUCGAUAGUCAAGACAAAAAUAUCCAAGACCUUCUCAAAGUUGUAGGUGAACAACACAACCAGCUGGACCAUCAGAAGAACCAAAUCAAAGACCUGGAAGAAAAGCUCGGCUACGGUGUCUUCUACGAGAAUGCAGAAAAGUCGUUUUCCUCCAAGCACGGGGACGAGUCCAGAACGAUGCAGUACCUGCCAAACAACGCAACAAAUCGAACCUCAGAAAACACUGGCCUCCCUGCAGACUGCAGCGACAUUUACAACAGCGGAGUAAAGACCAGUGGCCUUUAUCCAAUCCAGCCGCAUCAGUCAGAGCCAUUCAACGUGUACUGCGAAAUGACAGAAGAGGCUGGCUGGACACUUAUCCAGCACAGAACAGACGGAUCGGUGGACUUCGACCAGCCCUGGGAGAAAUAUGAACAUGGAUUUGGAGCUCUUGAAAGAGAAUUCUGGCUAGGCUUGGAGAAGAUCUAUUCAAUCUCCCAGCGAGGGCCCUCCAUUCUCCACAUUGACCUGGCAGACUGGAGGAAAGAGCAGCGCUUCAUGGAGUACACGUUCACUCUGGAAGGCAGGGAGCAGGACUACACUCUCCACCUGAGCCAGGUUAAGGGGGAGCUCCCCGACUCAAUGAGCAACCACACUGGAAUGAGGUUCUCCACCAAGGACAGAGACAACGACAACAAGGAGGAUUCCAACUGCGCCGAGGACUACUCAGGCGGAUGGUGGUUUAACGCGUGCGGAGACACCAACCUGAACGGCAGGUACAUUCGCGCGCGCUCCAAGGGGCGCUUGGACAGGAGGAGAGGGAUCUACUGGAAGCCGGGCAAAGGAAGCUCCUACUCUCUUGUGUCCACUAAAAUCAAAAUCCGCCCCCGAGAUGUGGAAAGCUUUGAUUAGGAGUUGUGCCUCUGUGUUUAUUUGGUGCACUGGAAAUGAUUACUGAGUUUGCAUAUUCACAACCACUAACACUGUAUCACUGACUCAUAUUCACGACCACUAGCACUGUAUCACUGACUCAUAUUCACGACCACUAGCACUGUAUCACUGACUCAUAUUCACGACCACUAGCACUGUAUCACUGACUCAUAUUCACGACCACUAGCACUGUAUCACUGACUCAUGUUCACGACCACUAACACUGUAUCACUGACUCAUAUUCACAACCACUAACACUGUAUCACUGACUCAUGUUCACGACCACUAGCACUGUAUCACUGACUCAUGUUCACGACCACUAGCACUGUAUCACUGACUCAUAUUCACAACCACUAACACUGUAUCACUGACUCAUGUUCACGACCACUAGCACUGUAUCACUGACUCAUAUUCACAACCACUAACACUGUAUCACUGACUCAUAUUCACGACCACUAACACUGUAUUAUUGAGUCACAUUGACUUACUUUAGUAUUUUCCACAUACAAUAAAGCACUGUAUAUAUAUUUUUUGUUACAAAAUGCUGUAACUGCCAUGUUUACAAGAGUUUGCUUUUCUACUUCAAAAUUAAAGCAUAUUUAUGAACCAAAAA